AUGAGGGUGGUGCCCACUCCUGGUACAGGGCCCAGCCAGGAGCAGUACUGCAUAGGACCCUCAGCAGCAAGACCAGAGUUUCCGGGCAUCUCCCCCGAUUCCGUCCCCAUGGAUCGGAUGGGAAAGAGCAGAGCCGGAGGAGGGACAGGGAAGGACAGCGGGGAGGACUGCAACUCCCAGCGCGCCCCGGGGCGGCGGAGUACAACUCCCAGCGCGCCCCGGCGCGGCCGCGGCGGGGAGGACUACAACCCCCAGCGCGCCCCGGCGCGGCGACGGGGAGGACCACAACUCCCAGCGUGCCCCGGCUUGGCGGCGGACUACAACUCCCAGCGCGCCCUGGGGUGGCUGUGGCGGAGGGGGGGGACGGGACUACAACUCCCAACGUUGCCCCGGCGCGGAGGCGGCGGCGGCGGUGGGGAGGACUACGACUCAGUACAGUACACCGGGAGGACUACAACUCCCAGCGCGCCCCGGGGCGGCGCGGCGGACUACAACUCCCAGCGCGCCCCGGCGCGACGGCGGCGGGGAGGACCACAACUCCCAGAGUGCCCCGGGGCGGCGGGGAGGACUACAACUCCCAGCGCGCCCCGGGUCGGCGCGGCGGACCACAACUCCCAGCGUGCCCCGGCGCGCCCCGACGCGGCGGACUACAACUCCCAGCGUGCCCCGGGGCGGCGGCGGGGAGGACCACAACUCCCAGCGUGCCCCGGGGCGAAGGGGGAGGACUACAACUCCCAGAGUGCCCCGGGGCGGCGCGGCGGACUACAACUCCCAGCGUGCCCCGGCUCGGCGGCGGCGGCGCAUGCGCAGCGUCCCCGGGGCGCCCACGCGGCGCAGCGCAGCGCUGCGGGGGCGGCCAUGGCGGAGCCGGCCCAGGCCCAGGCCCAGGCGGCGACGGCGGUGGCGGCGGCUCAGCCCCGGGUCCUGCAGGGUUCGGCCCCGGUUCCGAGCCCGAGCCCCGGUCCGGCGGGGUCCGGGGGCGGCGGCGGCGGCGGGGGGGGGGACCCGUCCCGCCCCGGUGUGAGCCAGCAGCAGCGCGCCAGCCAGCGCAAGGCGCAGGUGCGGGGCCUGCCGCGCGCCAAGAAGCUGGAGAAGCUGGGGGUCUUCUCCGCCUGUAAGGCCAACGACUCCUGCAAGUGCAAUGGCUGGAAGAACCCGAAUCCCCCCACGGCCCCCCGCAUGGACCUACAGCAGCCGGCUGCCAACCUGAGCGAGGCCUGUCGCAGCUGCGGGCACGCGCUGGCUGACCACGUGUCCCACUUGGAGAACGUCUCCGAGGACGAGAUCAGCCGGCUGCUGGGCAUGGUGGUCGACGUGGAGAACCUGUUUAUGUCCGUGCACAAGGAAGAGGACACUGACACCAAGCAGGUGUACUUCUACCUGUUCAAGCUCCUGCGCAAGUGCAUCCUGCAGAUGACCAGGCCCGUGGUGGAGGGCUCCUUGGGAAGCCCCCCCUUCGAGAAGCCCAACAUUGAGCAGGGCGUCCUGAAUUUCGUCCAGUACAAGUUCAGCCACCUGGCCCCCAAGGAGCGGCAGACCAUGUACGAGCUGUCCAAGAUGUUCCUGCUGUGCCUCAACUACUGGAAACUGGAGACGCCCGCUCAGUUCCGCCAGCGCUCGCAGGCCGAGGACGUGGCCACCUACAAGGUCAACUACACCAGGUGGCUGUGCUACUGCCACGUCCCGCAGAGCUGCGACAGCCUUCCCCGCUACGAGACCACCCACGUGUUCGGCCGCGGCCUCCUCAAGUCCAUCUUCACCGUGACGCGGCGCCAGCUCCUGGAGAAGUUCCGCGUGGAGAAGGACAAGCUGGUGCCCGAGAAGAGGACGCUGAUCCUCACCCACUUCCCCAAGUUCCUGUCGAUGCUGGAGGAGGAGAUCUACGGCGAGAACUCACCCAUCUGGGCAGCUGGUUUUACCCUGCCCGCAGCGGAGGGGACUCAGCUUGGGCCCCAGCCAGCCGCCGUCAGCGCCACGGCCGUGCCCACCACCCCGCUCUUCAGCUCCAGCCUGGGAGGCGGCAACAGCAGUGGCGGCAGCGGCGGCAGCACCCUGAGUGCCCGGGACGCUGGUGCGGCCGAACCCCUGCCAGGCGAGAAGCGGAAACUGCAGGACAGCCUGACCCUGGAAGACGCCAAGCGGCUGCGGGUGACGGGCGACAUCCCCAUGGAGCUGGUCAACGAGGUCAUGCUGACUGUCACUGACCCGGCCGCCAUGCUGGGCCCCGAGACCAGCCUGUUGUCGGCCAACGCGGCGCGAGACGAGACGGCGCGGCUGGAGGAGCGGCGUGGCAUCAUCGAGUUCCACGUGAUCGGGAACUCGCUGGCCCCCAAGGCCAGUCGGCGACUGCUGCUCUGGCUGGUCGGCCUGCAGAACGUCUUCUCCCACCAGCUGCCCCGCAUGCCCAAGGAGUACAUCGCCCGCCUCGUCUUCGACCCGAAGCACAAGACGCUGGCUCUGAUCAAGGACGGCCGGGUCAUCGGGGGCAUCUGCUUCCGCAUGUUCCCCACCCAGGGCUUCACCGAGAUUGUCUUCUGUGCCGUCACCUCCAAUGAGCAAGUCAAGGGCUACGGGACGCACCUGAUGAACCACCUGAAGGAAUAUCACAUCAAACACGGGAUCCUGUUCUUCCUCACGUACGCCGAUGAGUACGCCAUUGGCUACUUCAAGAAGCAGGGCUUCUCGAAAGACAUCAAGGUGCCUAAGAGCCGCUACCUGGGCUAUAUCAAGGACUACGAGGGGGCCACGCUGAUGGAGUGCGAGCUGAACCCUCGUAUUCCCUACACCGAGCUGUCCCACAUCAUCAAGAAGCAGAAGGAGAUCAUCAAGAAGCUGAUCGAGAGAAAGCAGGCACAGAUCCGGCGUGUCUACCCUGGGCUCAGCUGCUUCAAGGAGGGCGUCCGGCAGAUCCCCGUCGAGAGCAUCCCUGGCUUGCGAGAGACAGGCUGGAAGUCCCUUGGGAAGGAGAAGGGGAAGGAACUGAAAGAUCCAGAUCAGCUGUAUACGACGCUCAAGAACCUGCUGGCCCAGAUUAAGACGCACCCCAGUGCCUGGCCCUUCAUGGAGCCCGUGAAGAAGGCCGAAGCGCCGGACUAUUACGAGGUUAUUCGCUUCCCCAUCGACCUGAAGACCAUGACGGAGAGGCUCCGAGCCCGCUACUACGUGACCAAGAAGCUGUUCGUGGCAGACCUGCAGCGGGUCAUCGCCAACUGCCGAGAAUACAACCCGCCCGACAGUGCCUACUGCCGCUGUGCCAACACGCUGGAGAAGUUCUUUUACUUCAAGCUCAAGGAGGGAGGACUCAUCGACAAGUGACGGUCCUCCCCGGGAGUGGUCCCACGCUCGAAACUUGAGGGGGAGGGAGGGCCAGUGGUCUGCCCUGGAGGCCCCGUGUCUCGUGGGCUGGUAGGGGUUGAGGGGGGAGGCCGUCAGGGGAGGGGAGGGAGCCAAGAGCCAGGUUUCUCUUCCUUCUCCCUGGGCGUUAAUGAAAUAAAGUCCUGCCUUGUUUUUCA